UGAAACUCCGGUGUAAAGUCCAGCUGAAGCAGAGGAGCUGCUCUUACUCCUGCAGUAGUUCUCCUUCUUCAGUGAUUCACAGGCGAGGAAGCAGCGCUUACUUUCUCCAGGGUCAUGAGCAGGUAUUAUAUCGGUGUGGACGUGGGCACAGCCAGUGUCCGAGCGGCUCUGGUCACUCAGGACGGUCACAUCAAACACACCGCAGAGGAGUCCAUUGAGAUCUGGGAGCCGUGCGCUGACCACUACGAGCAAUCAUCAGAGGAUAUCUGGAGCAAGUGCUGCAGGACGGUGAAGCGGGUGACGCAGGGCGUGGAUGUGGAGUGUGUUCGAGGGAUCGGGUUCGAUGCCACCUGCUCUCUGGUGGCUCUGGACCAGCUCUUCCAGCCGGUGGCGGUCAAUCGCUCAGGGGUCCGGGAGAGGAACGUGGUGAUGUGGAUGGACCACCGGGCCUCGGAGCAGGCGUCUCGGAUCACGGCGUCCAGACACAGAGCGCUCCGGGCGGUCGGAGGAGUGAUGUCUCCUGAGAUGCAGCCGCCCAAACUCCUGUGGCUCAAAGAGAAUCUGCCAGAAACCUGCUGGAAGGAAGCCGCGCACUUCUUUGACCUGCCGGACUUCCUGUCCUGGAAAGCGACGGGCUCUUUGUGCAGGUCUUUAUGUACUCUGGUGUGUAAGUGGACGUAUUCUCCGUCUGACGGCUGGGACGACAGCUUCUGGAGCAGCAUCGGUCUGGAGGACCUGAUGGAGAACAGUUACUCCAGAAUAGGCCAGCGGGCGUGUUGUCCAGGGGCUCCUGUGGCUCGAGGGCUGACCGCAGCGGCGGCUGGAGAUCUGGGUCUGACCGAGGGCACUGCUGUGGGCGCCGCUCAUAGACGCCACGCAGGAGGCUUAGGGGUGAUAGGAGCAGACGUGACGGGGCAUCACCUGCCCUGCGAGGAUCGUCCGGUCUCGUCCAGAAUGGCCCUCAUCUGCGGCACUUCUUCGUGUCACAUGGCCGUCAGCACUCAGGCCCUGUUCGUCCCCGGGGUCUGGGGCCCCUAUCUGUCCGCUAUGCUGCCCGGACUGUGGCUCAAUGAGGGAGGACAGAGCGCUACGGGACGCCUGCUGGAGCAUGUGGUGAAGGGACAUGCUGCGUUCAAGCAGCUGGAGGAGCAGGCGGAGCUCAGCGGGGAGCAUCUUUACUCGUGUCUGAACGCUCGUCUGGAGAGUAUGAGCACAGACUCAGAGCCGCUGGAGCAGCUGACCGCCCGUCUGCACAUCUGGCCUGAUUUCCACGGCAACCGUUCUCCUCUGGCCGACCAGACGUCCCGCGGCAUGGUCGUGGGUCUCACUUUGUCACAGACACUGGAUGAUCUGGCUCUGUUGUAUCUCGCAACUCUUCAGGCCAUCGCUCUCGGCACCAGACACAUCAUAGACGCCAUGAGAGCGGCAGGACAUGACAUCACAACCCUCUUCCUGUGUGGAGGACUGAGCAAGAACGCUCUGUUUGUGCAGACGCAUGCCAACACUACAGGUCUGCCGGUGGUUCUCCCAGAGGAGCGAGAGGCUGUGCUGCUGGGAGCCGCUGUGAUUGGAGCCUGUGCUUCAUCAGACUGCAGCUCCAUACAGGAAGCAAUGAGGAGGAUGACGAGAAUCGGUCGUGUUGUCAGAUCAAACCCUGAGUUAGAGAGCUUCUACAGGAGGAAGUACGCAGUGUUUCUGCGUCUUUAUGAUCAUCAGAAGGAGUGUGAGGCGCUGAUGAAGGCUGAAGCAGUUUUCUGAUGACCAGAUUGAACACUGAGAUCCUUCAGGUGAAGAUGUGCUUUUACUGAGCAAACAAACUAAACGAAAAAAGCCUUUUACACCUAAAUAUCACCCAGAUAGGAUCUGUUAAACCACAAGUUAAAGUUAAAGUUAAAGUCUUUCAUUAAAGAUCAGUUUAACAUGA